GCCGUUCCCGCGUGCUCCACAACGGUCGAAAAAUACGUAUUUUGUAGGCGCCCUACUGCAGCCACCAUGGAGAUUGCAUCAAUUUCAUUCGUUGGCGUCUUCCCUCUCGCACCGUUUGUCUCCGUUUGCCGCGCUUGCCCACGUGCAAGCGCAUCUUCUGUUUCUGCUGCCCUGUAGUUCAUGGCAGACCUGUACCGCAGGCUGCCUUUGCUGCUGCUCGCCGUUUUGCUGCUGCUUGCCGUUGUCGUGUUCCAUAUUUGCUGCCUCGUGCGCGUUCCAGGGAGGAAACAGACGCGGCGAACGCCGAAGACGGCUAGGAAGAUGGAGAGGGUACAGACGAGGACCACGCUGUCCGUUGGGGCUGCGGGGUCGUCACGUCAGCGCUGCAGAAGUGCGGAAGCAGUCAGUCGGCCGUACGACCCCGCACUGUACAGCCACCUGCCGUCCCACGACAUACCGUUGCCUCCAAGUGACGAUGACGGCGACGACCCACGAUGUUCUACCCUUCCUCUGGGCAGCGGUUCGACUCAGGAUUGGAUGGGGAGCCAGCUGCACAGGCGGGCAUUGACGACGACGUACACUGAUCUGCUAGAGGGGUGUGCCCCGGCUGGUUAUGACACAGGACUGGUGGAUCUCAGCUUCGGAUUGAGGUCCGGAAGUGCCGGGGAGGCGACGCGCACCGUUAUCGUGAACCCAGCUUCGGGCACCACCCAUGCACUGCCUCCAGUGACAACGCAGACUGGGCGAUCAGUUCCGUGUAGAACGAUGACAGUAGGUGGCACAGUGGACGGACGACGCCCAACGAAGAGUGGUCAGCAACGGAGGUCGUUGGUCGAAAGUUUUGGGAUGAUCAUCGCGGCAAUCGCUGGAGUUGCGGAGGAUUGCGAGGCGGACGACGGGGCCUGUAAGGACGACGAGGAGGACGACGAGGACAUGGAGAUUCGUCCACUGGGGAGAAAGCGGGGAGUGUCGACGGCCGCGAAAAAGUUGCCUGAAACGCGCAUGGGGCGGAGAGGGAAGAAGGGUGUGGAAGAUGCGUCGGCUGGCGAGGGAUCGAAAAGCCGGGAUUUUUGGACCGUGGAGCACAUGAUUGCUCUCAUCCGGGCAAAAAGAGACCAGGAUUCGCAUCUUGCCGGUCUCGCGCACACUACGGGAAGGAUGAAGACGAAGACAUGGAAGUGGGACGACGUGGAGAAGAGGCUGGUGCACAUGGGGGUCACGAGUAGAAAAGUCAUCGAUUGCGGGAAGAAAUGGGACAACGUGUUCCAGCAAUUCAAAACUGUGCACAAGUUUAUGGGAGAAUAGGGGAAGCCAAAUUUCUUCACAUUGACGCCAGGCGAGAGGAAGGAGCGGGGGUUCGAUUUCCGGAUCGA